GAAACACUGGCACUGGCACCUUAAAAACCAGAUUCACCGAUACGUUGUUAUCACAUCGAUUUUGAAACUCAUCGCGUGCGGACGUGCGGCUCUCCCAGGGAAGAGCUCUCUUGCGUGAAAGUCGUAAGGGGCUGAACAGUGCAAAAUACAGAAGCAGCAGCAGCAGCGGCAGCAGUGAAAUACAAACGGUCCAGUUCAAAAACCAAUUGAAACCGCAAUUGCAAUUGCAAUGGCUCAUUUACCUGCGUGACGUGACUUUUUCGCAGUGUGUGUGUGCGUGUGUGUGUGUUGUGAGUGUGCUAAGCGAAAAAUUCGAGUAAAAGUAGUACAAAGAAAAGCUCGAGUGAAAGCAGCAGAAACAGAAACAAAGGAGAGAAAAUCACAGAAACGGCAAACAAAAAGUACAGACAUGUCCAUUUCUUGUCAGCAGAUUAGACUAAGCCACCUGGUGGGCCCCGUCGCCCCCCGCGUUGAUCCGCCCCGAUCGGUGGUGAACGGCGCUAGGCGCAACUUGUUCGGCACCACUCCGGAGGAGUGCAACAUCGACGGAGUGCUGGCCAGGCUGCAGCGGCGGGAACUGCAGCGCGUCAAGGCGACCUACAACUACGACAUCCUCGAUAUGGAGCGCCGGGAGCAGGAGGAGGCGGAAGUGAAGGGCGUCCGAUUCCCGUACGCCGACUCCUCCUCCUCCGCGCCGGACCAGUCGCAUCACAAAGUCCACCGGCCCACAAUGGGCGCCGGUGUUUCGAUCUCCAGCCAGCAAAUCUCAGCCAGCAUUCGGAAAAUCAGCCAAAAGGACAGUUCGGACCCGGCCGACAAGAGGCAUGGCCAGAAGCCAUAUGCUGUGCCCCAACCGCAGGGCCUCAAACGAUCCUACCGCGUUUGCAAGGCCACCAAACCGAUUACGUCGAGUGGGGCGUCGAAAAAAAGCCAUAGCCCGAGUGACGUCAUCAACAACAACAAUGUGGAUACACGUCCUAGCGAAUUGGAUAAGAAGGAGUCAGUUCUGGUCCAGGUGGAGGUGCAGGUGCAAGAGCAGAAGGAGCAGUAAAGGAUGUCGAAGAGGAGCAGCCAGCAGGAAGCAGCCACUGGCGAAGCAACAAUUGCAAUAUAUGAUAUUUAUUGUAAACGUAAUCUUAAUAUUCUAAACUAAUUUUA